AUGGCCGCUGGAAGGAGGCUAAAGCAAACAAUUUUUAGGCCCGCGGUGAAACAAAAAUAUGAGAAAAAAAAUUUUAAAAAUUCGGAUAAUUGUUUAAAGCUGGAAAAAAAUACGGGAAAGUGAUGUUGAAUGUCCCGCGAUCAUCAAAUAUGGGACAUGGUACAUUAUGGUCAUCACCAGGAAGAAUUAGCGGAACUGGUUGAGAUUGCUGUACAUGAAGCUGGAUGCAUAAUCCAUUGUUUUUACAACAAUUCAGUGAAGUACAGAAAAGGUUCUAGAUUCAUGAUUUGCAAAAAUCUGGGGCAAAGAGUGACUGCACAAACUAAAUGAACCUGAUAGUGAGUUCUACCAUGGAAAGUGGUAUUUUCAUUAUGAGUAGAACUAAGAAGAAAAUCGUUUGAGCAGGUUCUAAAUGCGUUGAACACAUGAAACAUCAGAGAGAAGAAAAAGAAGUCAAUUCACAUCAGUACAACUGGGCCAAACUCGAGUGUCCAGAGAUAAGGCCUACUGUAGAGUGCGAUGGCCACUGUCAUCCCUGGUGAUCUUUUAGAAGUAAAGGAUACUCAGAAGGUUCUAGCGGGGAAACGUAAACGAAGUGAAACCAAAUCGAGAAAAUCCUUCCCUUGUCAGUUGUGUGGAAAGAUCUUCACAAGUGUUGAGAAAUUGAAAGUGCAUUCAUAUUCGCACACCGGAGAAAGACCCUACAAGUGUUCACACGAGGCCUGUACCAAGGCAUUUGUGUCUAAGUAUAAGCUGCUGAGGCAUAUGGCCACCCAUUCACCUCAGAAGACCCACAAGUGUACUUACUGUGAGAAAAUGUUCCAUCGUAAAGAUCAUCUAAAGAACCACCUGCAGACUCAUGAUCCAAACAAGGAAGCCUUCAAGUGUGAGGAAUGUGGGAAAAACUACAAUACAAAGCUUGGCUAUAAACGUCAUCUGGCUCUGCAUGCUGCAACUAGUGGUGACCUCACCUGUAAAGUGUGCUUACAAACAUUUGAAAGCACAGGGGUGUUACUGGAGCACCUGAAGACGCAUGCUGGCAAGUCAUCAAGUGGCACAAAGGAAAAGAAACACCAGUGUGACCACUGUGACCGUUGUUUCUAUACUCGUAAAGAUGUUCGGAGACAUAUGGUAGUACACACUGGAAGGAAAGACUUCCUUUGUCAGUACUGUGCCCAGAGAUUUGGUCGGAAGGACCAUUUGACACGCCACAUGAAGAAAAGUCAUUCACAGGAGCUGCUCAAGGUGAAAACUGAACCACCAGACUUUACGGAUCUCUUUAGCUCUAAUCCGUCAUUGUCAUUAAAAGAUGAGCUAACUCCAGUGAUGUCAGUGGUUUCCAGUGAACUGACAAGUAGGCCAUUUACAAAUACUUUACAAAUGAAUAUCUACAGUGCCCAUAUUCAGACCAUGCAAACAUUAGGGUCAACAAACCAAAUGGUCUCUACACCAUUACCUUUAGGAAUGGGUUGCCCACUAGAAAUUGAGUCUUCAAUUCGCUCUCCUCAAGAACUCUCCUCAAAAUAUUUUCUUGGUUCUACCUCAUAUGCCAUUGCAAUGCCUGAAAAAGGACAACCAUUAAAAAGUGAGAUAGACAGUUACUUAAUGGAUCUACAAAGUGAUUUGCUUUCCUCUGCCCAUGACACUCAAUCAUCCUCAUCAAAACUAAGCUCGGAAUUGCAGGCAGGGUCUCUGGGUGAUGGAUCCGGUGAUAUUUUGCUUUCAAAAAGUCCAACGGUCCUCGGUGAACCUCUGAAUACAUCAUCCUUGGACUUUUCUCAGUUGUUAAGUUUCUUGCCACUUAAUAGCCCUCCAUACAAUCAACCAGUUUCUUUGGGCAAUCCUGGAAUGUGUUAUACACAGGAAGAACCUCACGCAUCCCUAAUUCCACUCCCACCACAGUGCCAGGAUUCACAUGAAACUGGCAACAGUAUUGCUCUCAAUGCUCUGCAUCCCUUAUCUACAGUCUUCACAACUAGCUUAAGCACAACAACCCUACCACGUUUUCAUCAGGCUUUUCAGUAGACAGUAAGAAUUUAUUUCUUAUCCGCUUCCUUUUACAAAUAUUCUGCUAUGUGAUGCCAGUUACCCAGAUGGAACAUUAAGGAAUCGGAUUGUAGAAUCCUUAAUGGCUUCUAAUAUCUUUGCAGCUUUGUGACUAGUCACAGAAGGCAUGCAAAACCAGGGCAUGAUGAAUAACACAGGACUGUUUUUGUUCAUGCUGGGAACAUCCUAUUUAGCAAUUAAUAUAAUGCAAACCUAUAUAUUAGUAAGCAGAUUUGAGUCUAAGCCACCAUUAAUAGACUCAAGUUGACAAAUCUAAAGGUUUACAGUGAGAACUCAUACUCUAUAGCACCUCAUCCAACUCCAUGACCAUGUUCUAAUUUUGAGGCUGUGCUGGCAUUAAAAAGCAAUCUUUCAGAUUUAGUUAUCAGAGUGACUGCAACAUUCACAUAUUUCAUUUUUUGAAAAAAUGUUUUAAGCAAACUACAAUUUUAAGAAUAAUUUUAUUGCUGCUCUGGUCAAUGAUUUUUGCAAAGUUCAUUUUUUUUAGAUCUUUAAGGGAUCUUGUAUAGAAUAGUAGCCCAUAUUUGUGCAUUUAAAAUAGUUUGCACAUGAAGUACCUUUUAAACUUGGGGCUUAUCUGUGCACCGAGGGCCUACUAUGAUUCCAAAAAAAUUCCAUUGCUCCAAAAGAAUUACUCAGAAUAGGUUAACAAACAUAUUAUCUUCAAACUGAAACAAUUUGAUCAAAUUCAGUAUAGUACAUUUUUAAAACUCUGGUGGCGAUCCUUUUGAAAACUCAUUUGCCAUGUAGUGAAUCCUGCAUGAAUCUUGCUUUCCGACUUGUGUUGGUUUUCUUUCAAAUUUUGAGUGAACAGCAUUAAUGAAGAUUAUGAAUUUAUAUAAUAGGUAUUCAACUAAAAUUUUGAAUAUCUGGUACUUGGGAAUAAAUUCGACAGAAAAAGCUGAAUGCAUAUUCAUCUUACAAAAUGUUGUAAAUUCAUCUCCAUUUGAUUAUUGGUUUGGCCAACAAACUUUUAAUUUUUCUUGAGGAUAUUUUCCAAUUAAUUCUUGUUUUAAAACAAGAUAAGUGGAAGAGAGAAUUUCUGAAAAUAAAGCACAGCCUUAGAGGCAGAGAAUCAACUAGUAAAAAAAGGCAAAUAAAUGAAGUUUUGAAGUUUAGAAUCCUUAUUUGGUUAUAACAUUAAAUUAUGCAAAUUCUCCUUGAUUUAUUUUGAAUUUUAAUAAUAGCAUAAUUUAGCCAAUAUGUUUAGCUAAAUAUUUUAGCCUAUUUAGUGUAUUUGCUGCUUUGAAAAACAACCGGUUCAUUCUCAGAGAACCAUUUCCUCCAUCCCUCUUACAGAUUUGACAUUAUAACAGCUAUUCUGGUUGACUUACUUCAGAGGUUUCAAUUGAUCUUUGUUUAUCUGCAUCAUAUUACUGAUGUUCACUUUCAUGCCUGCAUUAUUGUAAUGUGCUUGAAUUUAUUGCUUCAUUGAUGAAAUGCAGACUGUAUGAAAUUGCUAUUGUUUGCUAGACUAAACCUCAAAAGUUCAAAAAAGAAACCCCAAAUAUCUAUUUUAAACUGAUAAAGCAAUUGUACUUAAUGGCUUCCUUCUAUAGUUUGGAAAAAAAUGUACCUCCAAGAUAUAUCAGUAUUUUAAAAUCAGAUGGGCAUGCUAGUUUUUUAAAAUUUGAAUUUUUCUUAGAAUUUCAAUUUUUCCAGUGAGUGAACUCAAUUUUUGAGAUAAUGAAAGCAGUUUGUUGUCUUGUACUAUACACAGCAAGCAAGUGUUGUACAAAAGCAAAAUACGCAUUUGCUUGAAAUCUGAAAACAAAAUGCUGCAAAACUCAGCAGGUCUGGCAGCAUCUUUGGAGUGAGAAACAGAGUUAAUGGGCCAGAUUUUCGCUCCUGACAUGGGUAGCUUGAGUCGGAAAAUUGUCCAGCUUGACACAGCCAUCGCUGAGAAAGAGGUACCUCAAGUGGUGCAAUUUCUGUUGUGCCCCACCCGCUGCUUAUAGCCUCCAUGCUAACUUAAUGUCAACCCAUGCCCCCACCCACCACCCUUUGCACUUAACACCGUCCAUGCUAACUAACUGUCCACCAUGGGCAAACCUCAGGAGCCAUGUUGAGAUGAAAUAAAAUAAAGAUCUAAAUAUCUAUUACAGCUUUCACUGCAUUAAAAAAAAUUCAUGAAAGUCCAUUCAAACUGUACAAGUACUUCAAGUACUUAAUCCUUUAUUAAAACAAACAGACUUGUAUUCACAGCUGUUUAAUAACUUUUCUGAGCUGUUAAUCAAACUCUGAACUUACAUUCCCCCCCAGCUCCCUUUCUGGGAUAAUUAUAGAUUGUGGAAAGCAGCCAACCAUUGAUAAUAUGAUGAUAGCACUUGGAGUCAUGUCAACAAACAGCAAUGGUAACUAACAGAACAGAUUUUUUUUAACACUCACUGACAGAGGGAGGCUCUUUUAAAGAGCUGGGGUUUAAAUAACUUGACAGAGUGUCAGUUUUAUAUACCUUAUCUGCCCUUCAUGAACAGUUACAUCUCCUCCAUAAAUUCAUGACUCCCCCACUGUGAGUUAAGGCCCUCGCUACAGUGAAAAUGGGGUCUGCUUGACUGAAUUCAAAUUACCUAGCUGAGUUUGAGUUUCCUUUUAUGAGUCACACCCUGGGCCCUUUCCCCUGUUGGAGAAAAUUGGAUCUGUCAGGACUUCUGGAUCCGAAUCCAGUCCUCUAUUUUUAAAGGCCUGCAGAGACUUCACAACUCCGCAAAAAGGUUGAUGAUGUGUUCUGUCAAAAAGUCAUCUCUCUACAGAUGUUGCUAGAUUUGCUGAGUAUUUCCAGCAUUUUCUGUUUUUAAUUAUAAUGAAUGUUGGAAUUUGUUUAGAUAAGGAUUUAACAUAUUACUUCAGUGGCAGACAUUGGUCCAACUGAUCAUGAUUCAGCCAGCUGGUUAAUCCCUGCAAGCUGUUUAACAAAUGAGUUUUAAAUUUGGUAAGCAAUAUUCUAAUAAAGUACGUAGCAAGAUGUGUUAUAAUCUAAUUUAUUGGCUGGCUGUUAGCAACCUUGUAAUGUACAAAAUACUUUACAUUGAAAUUUCAACAGGCUAAAAUAAUUGAAUAAAAAGCAAAAAAUGAAAAUAUUGGAAAUCAAACAGAAACAAAAGAAUACCGGAAACAAUGAGCCUGAUUUUAACUCUAAGUGAAUGGGUUUUGAGUCAAUUUCACCCAUUGUCUGUGGCAUUUUGGAGAUAUUGGACAAAUUAACACUUCAGGCAUAGCCCUUCAGAUGUGUUGUGUGACAGCUGAGAUGUUAACAUGUCUGAUAUUUCCACAAAUGUUCAUUGACCUGUUGAGUGUUUAUCAAUUAGUCAUGCUUUUUUGUCUCAUGGGCUUCUUGAGGACGAUAGCUUGAUGGAACAUUGCUUAAUCAAAAUUACCUGUAGCCCAAAAAGAUGGAAUAUAGGGAAGCCAUAGGAACUAUCUAGCUUUGAUUAACAUAUUACUUUGUAAUAGAUCUAUGUAUGGUUUCAGUAUUCUUCAUGAUAACUGCUAACGGUAGAUUAAUGCAAUACUAUUCUACUUCAGUUAUGGAGUGUUUGUUCUUUAUGCACCAAAUUCAGAUUUUCCUACCCAGUAAAUCUGUGUGUUUCACAAUUUAGCAGCACUUAAUUGUCCUAACAGAUCCUAACAAUUCAUCAACCAAAAAAAAUCAACUUUACCUUGCUGCAUGAAACAUAAAAUGGUUUUAAUGCUUGAAAAUCUUAUGUGGAUCAUUUUUCUAUAUUCUGUAGAUCACACUCACACUUGAGACUAUUGCAGAUAUUGACCAGGCCCCCUUAGUUUGCAUAUAUAAACCUUUACUUGCUCACUUUGGAUGAAAGUCCUCCUGCCAGUGAUUUUACCAAAAAAGUG